GCUGCAACUCAUUCAUUUUACUUUGGCUCAAGACAAUAUCCAUACUCAAUAUGGCCCAGUCGUCGCAUUCAGUGGAUGCAUGGCUUUUAAUGGCCCUUGUUCACAGAAAUCUGGACGAUCUGAAAUUCCAAAAUGCCAUGAUGCUUUCAGAACGACUGUACGCGAUUGAUAAAAACAACAACGAAUACCGCUAUUUAUAUGCGAAAAGUCUCUACCUCCGUCAUGACUACGAUGCAAGUUAUUCUGUACUCAGCACUGCAUUCUCGAUACCAUGUCUUUACCUGUUUGGACUCAGUUGUCUGGAUCUGGGCAAGCGUGGAACGGACAAGGACAAUAACCGACGCGUAUGGCUUGAAGGCGUCAAGGCAGUAACAGCCGCUUUGGAACAGCACCCCGAACAGUCCACUCAUGCACAUGCGUGGGGAAAUGAUUUAGCGAGUGUCACCGCCAGAAACCACAUGCCGACUCGAGCAUCCCUAUGCGCCCUGUUGGGAGAUCUAUACACCAAGUUGGAGAACGUGCGCACGGCUGCCAUUUAUUUCUCGCAGUGCUUAAAACACGAUCCCUUUGAUUUAUCGGCUUUUCUCAAACUCUGCGAGCUUGCACCGGAUGUUUCCGGUAUCAACGUUGGCAAACUACCAGACAUUGUCUAUAAAGAAUUUACCAAGGAAACCGACCUAUCACGGUCCGACCCCUCUUCACCCUCACCACCACUGCCAUCCCUCGUCGGAAUUCGGUUCCAAGAAGUCAUAUCUGAAUUAUCAAAUGACCCCAGGACGCAACUAACCAUGCCUAUCAUGCGAGGAAAAUAUCACGAUUUAACCCUCGAGGAACUGCGAGCCCUGGUACAUUAUAAUCAGAAAGGUCCUAGGCCAUUAACUCUAGAAGAACUGAACAGCCGUCAACCACAGCGUGAUGAGAGAGAGGAGCAAAAAGACGACGAAAUUUCGAAAAUCCUUGAAGAUAUUGCUCAAAUGAAAGCGGCGGAAGCCUACAAGAACAAACACGGUCUCCACAAGAAACCUCCCGUAGAUAAACAAAAAGAGUUGGAAGUAGGCCUUUUGCCUUCCAACGAUGAUACCCAAUGUGAACCCUUAUCCCCUUCAGCAUUGGGAGAACCGCCUCGAUUGUUCUCUGAUGUUCCUUCUCCACACACAUCAUCGAAUGAUGUGGAGACUAGUAAAAGAUCGCAACUAUUAGGCAAGAAACGAUCUAAUAAUGCUGCGAAAGCGAACGGAGAGUCCUCCAGCUCUGUGGCCUAUUUCUCCUUAUCUGCGAGCAGCAAAAGACGGAGAACAAGUGCGGGACAGCAGCUAGUUGAUCAAGAUAAUUGCCAACCGAUGGGUGAUCAUGCCAAGACUGCGACUGGGUCAUUGUAUACGAUAUUCAAUAUCGACUCUCAAUCUUAUGCACAGAGUGAAGAGCCUUCCGACGAAAUUAGCGGAGGAAAGGCGGUAGUGGUGGACGCGAUGAAUCGGUUGAUAUGCUUACUCAAGAUCCUCGCCAACGGGUACAUGUAUCAAUCGCUUUAUGGUUGCCGUGAAGCGGCACUGGAAUUACAGAAACUGGAUAACCAACAAUACGACACUGCCUGGGUGUUGUCGACGAUCGGCAAAGCUUACUAUAAUUCGAGUGACUAUCUUACUGCACGUGUCUUCUUUCGACGAUCUUUUGCUAUUGCGCCUUGGUUCUGUGAUGAAAUUCCUUUGUAUUCCACAUGCCUCUGGUAUCUGGAAAAUUCCACGGAGCUGAACUUGUUAGCCUACAAAGUGAAACACAAUAUGUCCCAUCAGUACGAAGCGUUUAUCGCAGCAGGCAACUGGGCCAAGUGCAGCAAAGAAGACAUCGAAGCAACAAAAUGGUUUCAAAAGGCGGUUGAAGUCGAUCCGUCUCGACCUUAUGGCCAUUGUUUACUGGGAUACGAAGAUUGGGAAAAAGGCAACUAUUUAGGUGCCAAACAGCACUUUGCAGAGUGUAUGAUAGCAAAUCGACGCUCGCACAUGGGAUGGUUCGGUAUGGCGGUAGCGUACAUGAAUAUGGACGAGCACAUGCAAGCACGCAAUUUACUGGCGGAAGCUAUACGCCUAAAUCCACGACAUCCUGUUGCCUUGGGGACCAUGGCCGAGGUUCUCUUUGCAUUAUCGGAAUACGAUCAGGCACUUCGAUUUGCGGAAACAGCCUUGAAAAUGCGGAGUAUGCCAGGCAUUGAAAAAUUGAAGAGAAAGAUCAUUAUGCUGCAAUCCAAGUGAUCCCACUCCGAUGCAAGACUUUGGAAUAUCUAUCAAAACUGUAAAUAACAUCAUUGUAUCAAGCUCAAACGAUCAUCAUCCAACAUUAUGUCUCCAUUAUGAAAAUAUCUCUGUGAAGCGCGACGACAAGAUAAUAAAACCGAGAAGAGAUGUUUUC